AUGUCAAAUGAGUCUGUUUACGUGUUGGAGGCAGCCAGGAGAAACGGCUUCUCCAACCGAGAAAACUUUCAGAAUUUCUUCGAGUGCUGGCUAACAGAACAAAACCAGCGCCUCCAAGAUCUCGUCUCCGCUUCGGAAUCCUACAAGCUUCAGAAUCAGAACCAAUCCGAAAGAGAAACGGCGCUCCACGAGCUUAUCAAUCGAGUGAUCCAUCACUACGAGCACUAUUACAACGCCAAAUCGCACUGGGUGAAGGAGGACGUUCUGUCUAUGCUAUCACCUUCAUGGAGAACCACUCUCGAGGACGCCUUCCUCUGGAUCGGCGGUUGGCGUCCAAGCAUGGCGUUUCAUCUCCUCUAUUCCAAAUCAGGAAUCCAACUCGAGGCCGCGCUGGCCGAGUUCCUUCGCGGACUACCAACGGCCGAUCUGGGAGAGCUUUCGCCGAAUCAACUUGUGCGAGUUGAUGAAUUGCAUUUGAGGACUGUUGGAGAGGAAAGGGAGAUAACGGAGAAGCUGGCGAGGCAACAUGAGACUGUAGCGGAUCCGUCCAUGGUGGAGCUGUCGCAUGCUGUUAGCGAGAUGAUGCGUGAUGAUGAAAGUGGGAGCUCGUCGGGAAUUGUAAACCAGGAAAGAGUGGAUACGGUGAUCGGAGAGAAGGAGAGGAGAUUGGAGGGUAUUCUGCAGAUAGCGGAUGAGUUGAGGAUGAGGACUUUGAAAGGAGUGAUUGAGAUACUGAGUCCGAUUGAGGCUGUUCAUUUCUUGAUUGCGGCGGCGGAGCUUCAUCUCAGGAUACAUGAUUGGGGGAAGAGGAGGGAGGCUAGAGAUAAUAAUAAUAAUCAGGAAGAGGAGGAAGUGCAGCCGAAUGGAGUUGAAGAGGAGGUGCAGCCUAAUGGAGUUGAAGAGGAGGUGCAGCCUAAUGGUGUUGAAGAGGAGGUGCAGCCUAAUGGAGUUGAAGAGGAGGUGCAGCCUAAUGGUGUUGAAGUAGGCUCAUGA